CGGCGAAUGUUUUUUUUUUUCCAGUCUCGGAUAUUUCCGAUUUGAAAAUAGAAUGCCUCACGAGGAGACUGCUAGAACUGCUAAAUUUAAAUAGAUGAAUUUUCAUGAUUACACCUUAGUUUCAAGGUGCACUCAAACCACAUUUCACACAUAUAUAUGAUGAAUCAUUAAGUGUAAGUUAUGUAUACCCACAUUUGAUACAAAGAAAUUAAAUUUCUACGGUAUGGGUAAUCUACCACUUGAGCGUCGGCCAAGAAAAAAAUCCAGCUGUUCCGGUUGGAAGGGCUAUUUAAACAAUUAUUCAGUAUAAAAAUAUACUAUUUUUUAAUGAUAAUAAUAAUAAUGGCAUUGGUUGUACGUAUUCAUUCCCAUUAUAAUGGUACUAAUACAAAGAACAUUUUUUUUUUAAUAGAAAAACUAUUUAAAAAUUUUGAAAUAGAAAAAUUUAAACAAUUUAUUUAAUGUUUGAAAAUGGAAUUAUGCAUAGUUCUCCCCCAAGGCGACAAUGAAGUUUUAAAAAAUACAAGUUCCACGAAAUCGGUUGUGGUACAUGGAUUCACGUAAAUAUGAAGGGGAAAGAUCAUGGCUUGUGCCAAACUUUCUUUUCAGUUUACGCUUUUUGAGCAUCCUUGUUUUCCACAUUCUGUGUGUGGACAUCUGCGUCAUCUGGAUAAAAAAAAAAAAAAAUUGUUAAUGCACCAUCUUAGAUGUUGAAUAAGGGGUCUGACAAAUUCAGCAGUAGUGUGGACAGCCACCAUUUUUCUUCAUUUCGUAUCUGAUCUGUAUCAAACAUUUCGGACAUCGGCACUUUUGUAGUUUCUUUUUCUUCCUGGCAUACCGGUAGUUUGGCAGUAAUAAUUAUUUAAAUGUAUUUGUAUUGUGCUAUACAACUUAAUAGCCUAUACGGAAGCAAAAAUAUUAAUGGACUCCAAUGUAAGAAUAGUUGUUUAAGUUGCCCUUCCAAACGGAACAACUGGAUUUUUUCUUGGCCGACGCUCAAGUGGUAGAUUACCAUUUCUACUUAUAGUGGGUUUAAACUUGUCUUUGAAAGAAAGUUUUCUUUAAUUUAAAUAUUAUUAAUAUUUAAAUUAUUUUAUUUCUUAGUUAAGAACUUCAGCUGUUAAGUCUAAGUAAGUACUAAAAGUUAAAAGUACAGUAAUUUUUGGUAAUUUACCACUUGAGCGUCGGCCAAGAAAAAAUCCAGCUGUUCCGGUUUGAAGGGCUAUUUAAACAAUUAUUUUUAUCUUGUUUUUACGACGUUGUACAUAUUCGUUCCAGCACAUAUACAGUAGAACAAAUAACAGUAACACAAGACAAUUUUAAAAAAUAGAAAAUGUAAAACAAUUUAAUUUAAAAAAAAAAAAAUUAAAAUAGAAGAAAUCAAACAAUGUAAUGUGUAAAAAUGGCAUUAUGCAUAGUUCUCCCCCAAGGCGAGAAUGAAGUUCUUGAAAAUAUCACUCAAGUGGUAAAUUACCUAAUUUUUAGUUGUUAGUUAGUAGUAGGAGUAGUAGUCGUUAGUUCUUUUUAGUUUUAGCCUAGUAGAGUGAACACAAAGUACUAAAGCUGUUGAAGUGCCGGGCCUAGAAUCUGGAAGACGUCUUUAAUCAUUUUCUUUUCUCAAGCUUUAACAUUUUAUCAUUUAUCAAGCGCUAUAUUUUAAAGUAAAAUGUUUUACUAACUUUUCUUCUGCUUUAUAUUAAGGGUCCAUGAUCAAUUUAUUGAUCAUUCUGGCUUCUACUCCUAGUCCUAUGCAUGUGGAGGGGAUUUGCAAUUUGAAUGUUUCUGUGCCUGAUGUUGACGAGAUUAUUUCAAUGGUUGCAAGGGCUACUUAGUGAUGGUAUCAUCCACUAGGUGUUGGAAGGCCUGAGGCAACAGAUGAAAUGUACUGUCAAGUGUUGUCGCCUCAACUCUUCCUUUUGGACUUUGGAAGCUUUUCCAGUCCCUGAUUGUCUUUGGCAGAAAUGAGCAGGUCCUAAACUGGGUUCUUGCAGGUAUGAGCCGGAACUGCCUGUCAUGGCCUCGUCGCUGUCUAUGAGGGAGAGCGACUAGUUUCUGUUUAAUGCUGGAGCAGUGACCAGCCCAUUAUUUAUCUUGUACAUCAUGGAGAGCCUGGAUAGUCGUAGUUGUUCCUCCAACGGUGACCAGCCCAGUGUUUCCAGCAUGGUGCCAACACUAGAGCAUUCCUGUAACGGUUCAGGACAAAGCAUGCUGCCCGUCGCUGGACUGCCUCCAACCUGUCAAUGCAUAAUCUAAAACCGGCCAGACAAAAGAUUUAUAGGCUCUUUCUUUCACAUUGGCACUGGAGUUGCCGAUCUUAAGAACCCUUGUUUGCCUGGUUACACACAUUGUUAAUAUGCUCGUCCCAGCGGACAUCUCUUUGAAUGGUAACACCCAGGUACCUUACAGAGGAAACUAGCUCAAGUAUAUGGCCAUGCAGUUCGUAAUGGUGGUGUUGAGGACUACAAUUUCUAUAGACUGACAGUGUCUGGUAAUUGGCAGGAUGAAAUUCCAUGUCCCAGCUCAUCUCUCACUCAGCUAACCGAUUGAGAUCCUGUUGUAGCUGGUCCUGGUCAGAUCUGUUGGUGAUCGUCCUAUACACCGCCAUGUCAUCUGCGAACAGUCUUACAUGGGAUAUCAGUUUCUCGGGUAGGUCAUUGAUGUAUGCUAGGAACAAACAGGGGCCUGGCACCGAGCUCAGGGGAACCCCUGACUUAACAUCAACAAAGGAGGAGCUUGUACCAUCCACCACUACUGCUUGGCAUCGGUUGCUAAGGAGGCUAGAGAUCCAUGUUUAAGUAGUGCCUUGGAUCCCAUAUCUCUGGAGUUUGUGUAAAAGCAAACUAUGCUUGACUAGGUCAAAAGCCUUUGAGAAGUCCAUCACCAGCACGUCAGUAUGCUUGCGGUUUUCCAGAUUGGUCAUCAAGUCUUCUACAAAUUCAAGGAGCUGGGUCUCACAUGAUCUAUUGACUCGGAAGCCAUGUUGACAGUCAUUGAGUAUAUCUUGGCUUUCAAGAUGCUUCAUGACUGCACUUACGAUUAUGUGCUCCAACAGUUUGCAUACCACGCUGGUGAGGGAAAUCGGACGAUAGUUGGCAGGGUCGGAAUGCGCCCCUUUCUUGUAGAUUGGAGUGACAUGCGCUGUUCUCCAGUUUACUUUACUGUUUUAAGCUAAUACUAAUACUACGGUAAUAAAUAUAGGCUAUAGGGGUUACUUGUAAUUUUUUGUAAUUGUAAAACUUAUUGUCAAUAUUAACUGAUACCAGACUGGUUACUUCUUUUAUUAUUAUAAGAAAUAACCAGUCAAUAUUCAAUAUCAGAUAAUUAUGCCGAGACUGAGGUUUCAGUAAGAUCAAUCUCUUGUCUGAUGUAAUGUAUUCCACAUUGCCAUUAUUAUUUGUAAUUUAAAUGUUUAGCCUAACAUUUAGGCUUAAAUAAAAUGAUUUAGCAAUUUUAUGUUUCAUUGCAGGUGCUCAUAUGUGGUACUGAUGAACUAUUUCAAGAGCAAAGAGAUACACAUUACCACUUGCUAAGUUAAUGAAUGUCCUCAACCCACUAACUACUGUUACAAAUUAAUUUGUAAUAAAAAUGCUGCUGUAUUUACCAGAUGGGUCUUAAAAAUGGAUAGGAUCAUCAUGAAUUCACCAUUAUAUUUUUGUAAAAGAAAUUCCACCUUCUUGAUCCAGAAUAUAUACUCCACCCAACUUUUAAAUGGAAGAUUGAAAAAUUCUUUUAAGAGAUGUCAUCAUUUGCUCUCACACUAUAAUACGUUUUCACUUGAGAAGGAUCCAAGGCUUCAUUCCAAAUCUUUCUUUGGAAUUUUUAGAAAUGUUCACCAUUUUCAAUUUGUGCAUCCCUGUUUCACGAAGUGGUCUUUGAUUAAAAUAUUAGCAGUUAGCAAUGGCUCUAGCAAUAUUCGAAACAAACAUACACCAUCUAUAUUUACUGUGGACAAUCAGUUGUAUGUUUCCUUCCUAAAAAGCUUGAUUGAUGAGCAUAAAGAGCUGCAUGAAACAAUGCAGGGUGAUGGUAACACACAAAUCGAACAGAGACAACUCAGGAUUAAUUUUUUGAACUCAGUUGUUGACAUUAUUAAAAAGCUGCAAGAAAAGCAAGUGGAACUACAGGAGCUCACUCAUAUAAUAAAUGGUUAGCUAACAAUAAGUUUUAGAAUUAGUAUAUUAUAAGGUUCAAACAGUUUUAGAUACUUUUCUAGAUACUGGUACUUAUAUUGGAAUAUUGUUUUCAUGACUUAUUUUUUCACUCUUGGGGUGCUGAGCACCCACUAGGCAUUUUAAAAUAAUUUUCUUUCACCUUCUAAAUAUUUAAAUAAUUAUCUGAAUUUCGGAUGUGGUUUAUAUUAUUUAUUUCCUAGUUACAAAACUGAAAUGACUAAGCCUUAAAAUUAGUCAGGGUUUCUCAAUAUGAGGGAUAUGGCCCCCAGGAGGCCACAGCAUCUAAUCUUGAAGGCCACUAAAAAAGGAAUAAUGGAUUCUAGGUAUAUAAAAAGAGCAGUUUUUUUUAUAUUAAUAACCCAAGAGGGCCACAAGUAAAGGAGGUGCCGAGCAAUGUUCCCUUUAAGCUGCGUGGCCGCGCAGCUAUCUCACAGACGCUGCACUGCAGUUUUGAGUAUCCGCGCAGCAAAUUUUUAUAAAAAUAAAUUCAAACAGAUACGCUUCACUGUGCAGCAGGAAUCAUACAGUUUUUAUAGUAUAUACAUCCAUGUUUUUAAUUCUGAUUCAGAUCUAUAUUUUUGUCUUCUACUUUUUGCGUAGAACUAUUGAUUUACAUACUUAUGGAUACAUACUGGAUAAAGCUAGCCUCGUUCUGAACCACAGCCGCCAUUCAUGUAAAUUUUUUGACGAAUACUGCACAGUGAAUGUGCAUAAAGUGAAUAAAUCACAUAUCUCUAGUUUAUUAUUAAUGUAGUAGUUAAUUACUUUUUAUAAUGUUUUAACCGUUAUUUCUAACCGUCAGUUAAGCAAACUGUGGGCGUCAUCGCUUGCUAAGCUAAGAAAAAGUGUAGAUCAAAUUUUAAAACGCAAUUGCUCAAUGAAUUUUUGCAUGCAUUACUACCAGAUUGGUCGUUGGAGCUGACUGUCAAAAUACCAGAUUCAUCAUCAGAGGGGAAUCUCAAGCUGGGUGAUAUUUUUAAAUGUCGUGAUAUUGACGAUGAUGUUGUUUGUGAAGUGACCUGCAAAGCAAAUGCUGGUGGAGAAUUCUCCACACAGAUGCCGUACAGAGACUUUGUUCUAUAUAGUCAGGCGUUGUACGGCGGAUGCUUACAGAAAGUGUCGCUGAUCGAGACAUGAGACAAGAAGCAGCACAUCGUAAAAGUGCUAAAGAAGAUUAGGUUAAAAUUUUGAUUGACCACGUCCUCUUGGCUAUCAACAUGGACAAACUAUGAAUACGGUUCAAUAAAUAAACAACCAUAUGGUUUAGUAUCCUCUAGUUCCUGAUAGCUUGUGCAGUUAGAAUUACGCUGUUGAGUUUGUUGAUCCUAUCGAUUCUGUAGUGAAGAAUUCAAUAAUUAGUGAACUUCGCAAUGGAAAGUUCUGCACAUUAACAGUAUAGUAUAUGAGAGCACUGAUAUAUCACUGACAAAAAUGUUUAACUUAUAUGCAAAGUUUCGGCCAUAUCCCGGUAAUGUUUACAAGACAGUGUUUGUUGGAAUUUUGUCUCUGUCGGCAUGUGACAGAAAUCUUUGGAGUCAGCAAAAACAGAGUUGUAUCAAGAGAAAUCAUUGGGCAUGCAGAAAAUGAUUAUGUGGCAAACAUGUAAGUUUAAUGUCAGACAUUGAAACAUUCCAUAGGACAGUGUACACAUUGUUCAGUAGGUCGACCGAAAGUCCAGUUUACCGAUCUAGCUAAGGUGUUGGAAUGUGAUUCCGUAGCCUUUAGACUUUAGACCAUUGAAUGAAAUCAGAUGGCUUUCGCUGCACUUUGCUUUACGAGCAUUGCUGUGAAACAUAAAAGUGUUGACUGAAUAAUGUGAAGAGCAGGCGGGCCUGUAUAAUGAUUCAGUUCAUAAGUACUGUUUGAAUAUAAAAAUGUGCACUGGUUCGAAGAGGUUGCUGAAUUGCUUGCAAAUGACGAGGAUAUAAACAUUAGCUCCAUCCUGAAAUUCUUGAUGUUUAUUUUUGCACCUGGACUCUCGUUUCCCUGAAAGUGAGUUGAUGCAAUUGCGAAUCUUUGAAAUAUCAGCGUUAAUCGACGCUUCAGAUUUUAAUUUGGGCCAAAAAGAACCUCACCACUUGUUUCUAUAUAUUCAGCAUUCCUGGAAAAUUAUGAUGACAUUCUGGCGAAAUUUAAGGACCAGUAUCGUAACUUAAGGUUUGUGCUUGCAGAGAAAAUGACAUGUUGGUUGAUGCAGACUAUUGAUGAGAUGGUUCGAUUUGUAAGAAAUGAGGAGCAAUUCGGCGACAUAUCCAUUAUGUUGCAUAUUUGUGGUACAUUUCUUGCAUCAAAUGCCGAUUUUGAAUGUGAAAUCAGCCUAAUGCAUUUUUUUUAAAAAUUAAAAAUCUAGAAAUAGGCUGGGAUAGUUACAUUUAGAUAUCCUUAUGAGGAUUAAAUCACUUUAGAAUGAUGGACAUCAGAUCAAACUUUACUAUGUGUAUAAAAGAUCGAUAUCUUCGAAAGACAGACGCCAAAUUACUUCCAGAAGAGAUUCAAUCAAAUGGCCGUUGGUAGUGGGUGUGUUAGAACUUAGUUGCUUGACCCAACGACGGGAUGAAUAAUAGAAAUAAAUAUAGCUUUGAUUGAACUAUUGUCACAUUUCUGAUUAUAAUUAUUUAAUUAUAGUUCCUUUAUUUAUGUAUAUAAAAGUUUUUGCACUUAAGUACAUUAAUGUAAUUUCCGUGUGUGUGUUUGUGGGUUGUAAAAUUUUGCACACAAGAUAUUGAUGCUGUAAAACUUUGCACACAACGGUAUGAUUUUGCACACAAAUCAGCAAACCUUAGAGGGAACAUUGGUGCCGAGUAUAAAUUGUUUUGAGAAACACUGUCCUAGUCCUAGUUAAUAGUCCCUUUUAAGGAAAGUAACAAUCUUCCUUUGAGCUGUGCAAUGGGUGAGAACUGUAAGCAUCAAGUAUGAUGAGGAUAAAAAUCAUGCAACUACAAAGUACUGGUUUCUACAAGAUAUGGAUCAUGUACCAGUAGUUAAAAAUAUUACUGUGAAGGCAAAAUGUAUCCACCUGCCCUCUUACUCAAAGCAUAGUUAAGUUAGCAACAGAAAAUUCAGCAGGGGCAUAUAACAGUUGAGGAAAAAAAAAUUAGACAUAAACGUGUGUAAAAAUUGUUGUUCACGUCAAGUAAACAUUAGGUCAUCGGAUAAAGAAAAUGUGGCCAUCUGAAUAUUCAAUUCUCAAUACCUUUUUUUUUUAAUCAAACCACAUUGAGCACUCUGUAAAACAGAAUGAUUGCAAAAUGUCUUAUUGAGCAAAUAGCUCAGCACAAAACAGCAUUUGCAAAAACAGUUUUCUCCUUUUAUUUAUGCUUAAAUUUGGUCAUACAAUCACUAACAUGCUUACUCCAGUUAUAAGUCUACAGUAGUAGUUUGAAUUUAAUAACUUUAAGAAUGUGGCCAGGCCAUCGCAGUCGUUUGAUGGCAACAAGUGUAGCUUAAAAAAUUAAGUUAUUGGCCACCGGGGUUCUAGGGGUUGGUGGCCGUUGAAAAUUUGACAUUUCAAGUUAUUAAAUAAUCAAUUUUUAUUUCAGUUGAAGAAGAUGUAGAUAUGAAAUCUAUGAUCCAAAAAGAAAUUGUUGAAUACAAAGAAGAAAUUCAAGGCAUAGAGGAAGAGGUACUUACCAAACUAAAUUAGUUGAAGUUGUUAUCUGGUAUUAUAUAGAUCUAGCAUUGUUGAGGUGAAACACAUGAAGUUAAUUUUUAAGGUCAUAAUGAGGUUUCAUUUUUAACAUGUCAUCGGUAAAGCCAGAAAUAGUUCAGCUAGGAAGAAAAUCAUAGUGAGUAGAAGGGCAUUGCUUUAGAAUUACAUGUAUAUUCUUUUCAAUGUUUAAAGUUGAUAAACAUUUUUUAUCCGUUUAAUAGGAUAUUUAUUUAUAUUUUUAGUUGAUUGAUGUCCUUGUGGGUGAAGAGCCUGCUGACAACAAAGCCACUGUCCUUGAGGUAACAGCAGGGGUUGGAGGUCAAGAAGCCAUGCUGUUUUGUGCUGAGCUGUUUGCUUUGUACCAUAAUUAUGCAAACCACAAAGGUUGGGAAAUUACUGGAUUUUCCAAUGAUGAAAAUGAAUUAGGUUUGUGGCUUAUAAUUUUUACAAAAUUUGCUUAGGAUCUGCUUAAUAAUAAUCAGUAUAACUCAUGUAGAAAAAUAUUUUGUAAUAUGAUUAAUUAGGCUAAGGGUUUUGGAGAAACAUCCCUAUUAACUUACACACUUUGAUCCAGUAUCAUUAUGGCAAUAAUUUCUACUUUAUACAAUUUUUCAGCCAGCUUUCCCUAAUUAAAGAACUGUAUUUAAUAUGUGCAUAUUUUUUAUUUGCAUUUUUUUUAUGUUAAUGGAUGAAAUAUGGUAAGAUUUAAUUACACGUUUGACAUGAAAUGUCAUUAAUUCAGCCAUUCAUAAUUAAAUUUAAGAACUGCUGUGAAAUUCCACUUAAAAAGUUAUAGAAAUGUGCUUAUUAUUUAGAAAAAGCCUAUUCUUUAUCCAAAAUAUAAGUCAUUAAUGCUUAAGAAAAUCUUAAAAAGCUCAAAUAUUUAUGGUUCAGUCAACAUGAGACUAUGUAUUCAUCAGUCCUAGAACUCAUUCAUUGAUAUUUAUCACCCUAUUAAACUCAUUUUACUUUUAGAAUUUCAUACUCUCUGCAGGGGGAUCCCGUAAAGCCACAAUGGAAGUUAGUGGUGAGGCAGUUUAUAAACAUCUCAAACACGAGGCCGGUGUGCACAGGGUUCAGCGAAUUCCUAAAACUGAAAAAGCUGGACGCAUCCACACCAGCACAGUCACAGUCUCGGUAUUACCCCAACCCGAUGAAGUGAGUCAUUGUUGUAUCCAAACUUUUGGUUUAUUUAUUUUAAGAAUUAAGAUCAUGAAUAUAAGUGUUCAAAUAUUUGAUUAAAAUUUAUGCAAAAGUCAGUCCUUUCUUCAGUAGUGAUAUUUUAAGUUUGAGCUUGUACCAAAAGUAAACAUAGACACUAUCCAUUUUUUAACAGGGAUUUUAUUUUAUUACAAUUAACAUUUUUAUCUUUUUUAUAUAGAUAGACGUUGAUAUACAGCAAAACGAUUUGAAAAUUGAAACAUUUCGCGGCAGUGGCCCAGGUGGACAAUCUGUUAAUACAACAGACAGUGCAGUGCGGAUAACUCAUAUUCCCACAGGUAUGAUGUAUCUUGAUAAACCUUAAUGUUUUUAAAACUUUUUAUAAAACACUUUUUAUCCACAGCACAUGCUGCUCUAGCACACCACAGUGUAAAAUAUGUCUUAAAAAUAAAUUUUAAAAACUUGAUAGCUAAGAAGUUACUGGUCGUCUCGAUUUAUACAUAUAUGGAUAUAACAAACCUUUAAUUAACAAUGCCUGAAUUGAAUUUUUAUUCAUACACAAUAGAAACUUGAUAGUCUGGACAAAUUGUAAGCCCAGAUAUUACAAAAUUUGAAUAAAUGAUAAAUACUAAACAUUAUAGAAAAACUACAUCAGUUAAAUAAUAAAUAUUAACUGUAGUAUUUUUUAUAAGAUUUUAUUAUGAACAUGAAAGUUUUGCAUCCAGUUUGCCUUUGCUCAGUCUCAGUGACAUGAGAUAAUCCUUAACUUCUUUUCCUAAUGGUCCUUGUAAUUGCUGGAUCACAAACUAUGGGUCAACUUGAUACCACUGUAAGGAGUGUUGGGCUGUCAGGUUUAUCUUAUGCCGCAACUUUUUCUGGUGUAUACAAGACACCUGUCAAUAUUUCAUGAAAUUAUCAUUGAAAUAUCAGUUCGUUGUUCACCUUGAAUAAAUUCAAGUUUUUGAAUCCACGUUUUGUCAUAGAGGUUGAAAUGGUUGGUAUUUUCUUGAGAAAAUUGCCUUGUUAGAAUUCUUUUUUUUUUUUAAAGGGAUGUUUAAAGAAAGCCUUUUUUUCCAUAGUAAUAAACCUUGAACUGUCUUCUUUGUUACAGGCACUGUGUCAGAAUGUAAACAGGAGCGUUCACAAAUCAAAAAUAAGGAUAUUGCCAUGAAAAGGCUCAAAUUAAGGUAGGAUCAUUAUUUUCUUUGUUUUAGAACAAUAAGACUUCCCUUUUUAAUGUAUUUAUUCAUACGUUGACAAUUUAGGCUGUCCUUAUAUAUUCAUCAACAGGUUUAUUAUGUACUAAUGCAGAUACAUAAUUAAACAAGCAAAUAAAAGUAACAUAUUCAUACUUAAGUCCAUGGCUCCCCAACCACCGGGUCAUGGACCUAUACCUGGGUCACACAGUGAGUGCCCGUUUUUUUUUUUUUUUGCACUUGAAUCUAACCCAAAAUCCCAUCAACCGGUCUUUGGAAAAAUUUUCUUCUGCAAAACAGUUCCCUGGAGACAAAAAUUUUGAGGACAGCUGCAUUAUUCAGUUCAGUAAUUCAAAGAGAUAGAACUGGAUGAAAUGCUGACGAUGAAAAUCCUAAAUUAUUGAUUGAAUAUAGAUAAUGAUGAUUUGAUGGAUUUUAAAUGGAGGGUUGCAGGGCCAUCAGGUUACUUUGUAGACCUCCCUGCCACUUUUUGAUUUGUACCAUAAGCCUUUAAUGUUGAUGGUAAUUUUUCCUCACAACUAUGGGCCUGAAAUAUCAGAGGACCCUUGUAGUCUCAAGGCCCACUCGACGGCUCGAUAGACUUUGGAGUCUGAAUAUAUCUAUUUAGUCAGAGGUUAAUGUAGAUGGGCUAAAGUAAAGUUGAAUGCUUUGAAAGUGGCUUAAUAUGAGAUGGAGUUUUAAAAAAGAGAAUUUUAAGAGAAAUGUUAAUUUUUUUAAUGCCAACUUAUGAUGCAGUGGUAGAUUUUUAGAAUUUGAAAGAUUAACCACAGUAAGUUUAAGACCUCUUCUCUGAAGGCAGUAUUUGGGGCAAUACAGAUAUAUAAUCAUUUUGAUGUGACUCACAGGUUUGUUUCUUAAAUAUGUUUCACAGUCUAUUCUUAGUAAAUAAAAUUAAUUUCCUUUGAAUACCCUCAGGUCAGUCAGCUUCUAAGCUCAAUCUAGAGCAUUGUCUAAAGUUGUUUUGUUUACAUUUUGAACCUGGGUAAUUUGUUGACCAGAUUCUAGCAAAGGUUUAUUUUUUUGGUGCUUUCAUAAGAAUUGCUGCAAAUUAGCAAUGUAAAGAAACAAUAAUUCUGAUUGAGUUUGAUUUUCUCUAAAUGCCUAAACAAUAUGUUUUUUGUAUAUCUUUUACCUCACAAUUAAAUGACCUUUGCAUAAACUGAUUUUUGAAUCAUUACUUGAUGGCUGGUAUACAACAUUAUAGCCUUUAGGUAAUGUCAUUCUAUCAAUGAAAACCUUUACUUGAUGAUAAAUAUCAUUUGGGAAACUCAAGAUAAUCUGAAAUAAUAAAUAUUAUAAAAUGAAACUGUAACAAAAAAGUCAAUAGUUAAGCCAUCAUUAAUCUUUCUAUAACUUUUUUCAAAAGGAUUUUUGAGACUAUACUUGAAGCAGAAGAGAUAAAACGCAAGUCAACAAGAAAAAUGCAGAUUGGAAGUAAGGGACGAUCAGAAAAAAUUCGCACAUAUAAUUUUCAACAGGACAGAAUAACAGACCAUCGGCUGAAGGAAAAUUAUUCUAAUUUGAGUGAAUUCAUGCUUGGAGGAGAAGGCUUAGAUGAACUUAUUUCAUCUCUUAAUUGUAUGGAUAAAUACCAAACACUGGAAUCAAUGUUGGAUGCUUAUGAGAUGGAAGUUAGCCGGACAAAAGCAGGAAAAAGGUGAUUUUCCUAAAAGUGUUAGAUAUUAAAAAUAUUUCGAUUUUCCACCAUAAAUAGGCAAGAAAACUCACUUAAUUAUUAAUAAAAGAAAUGUUAAAUUAACAGCAUUUUUUUAAAACAUGUAAUGAAACUAUUUUGUUUGAACAUGGAUUCUUAACCAGGGUCAUCCUGCACCUCCUGCGGAAGUGGGAGGAGGUGUCAGUGAGUGGGAAGACACAGAAAAAUCAUAUUUAUCUGAAUUUGUAUUAGAAUUUCUUAAUCGGUGUGGAGGAUGUUUUGAAAUCAAGAUGGGGGUGUGGGAUAUGUUUUGAAAUCAUGACAGAGUGCUGCGCAGAAAAACGGUUAACCCAUGUGUUAGACUUAGAUUCAAAAAGUUCCGCAAAUUAGCUUUAAGUUUAAGAUUUUGUGUGAAUGUUAAUAGUGAUGUUUAAUGUACUUUUAUGAAAUUAAAUAAAGAAGUAUGCUUACAAGUUUUUUA